UGGAAGUCUUGCUGGUACCGAUCCAUUUCCUUUUAUGCACCUCGAGCCUCGGCUCUUCAGAGUCAGCUGAUCAAUCCCGUUCCUGGCUGCUUGACUGUACUAGCAAAUAUGUCGGGAAAAGACAGGCUUCCAAUUUUCCCUUCUCGGGGUGCCCAAAUGUUAAUGAAGUCCCGUCUUCAAGGGGCACAAAAGGGUCAUGGAUUGCUUAAGAAAAAGGCAGAUGCAUUGCAAAUGCGUUUUAGGAUGAUUUUAGGAAAAAUCAUUGAGACGAAAACUCUCAUGGGAGAGGUGAUGAAAGAAGCCGCCUUCUCUCUAGCUGAAGCAAAGUUUGCAACUGGAGACUUUAAUCAAGUAGUCCUUCAGAAUGUGACUAAAGCACAAAUAAAAAUACGUUCUAAAAAGGAUAACGUUGCUGGUGUAAAUCUCCCAGUGUUUGAAUCAUACCAAGAUGGUACGGACACUUACGAGCUAGCUGGAUUGGCUCGUGGUGGACAACAGCUAGCCAAGCUGAAGAAAAAUUAUCAAAGUUCAGUGAAGCUUUUGGUCGAAUUAGCUUCUCUUCAAACCAGCUUUGUCACAUUGGACGAGGUGAUCAAAAUCACAAAUCGCCGUGUGAACGCCAUUGAGCACGUUAUCAUUCCAAGAAUCGAGAAAACUCUAGCCUACAUCAUCUCUGAGCUAGACGAGCUUGAGAGAGAAGAGUUCUACCGAUUGAAGAAGAUUCAAGACAAGAAGAAGCAGGCAAAAGCCAAAGUUGAGGCUGCCAGGUUGGAGAUGAUCGCCUCUGGUAAAGCCGUUGAUGCCGCUAAUAUGCUGGACGAGGGUGACGAGGAUCUACUCUUCUAAAUAUUGUAAAUAGCAUCUUUGCAUUAAGGGCCUUGCGAGGAAUCUGCACGCCACGCCGUGAAGCAUAUUUCUUGCAGUCCUUAAAAAAAUUGUAAGAAAACACACCUGGUAACAGAAUUUUACUCUUAGACAAUACUGGUUUCGAAAAAAGGAAUUCAAACAAAGGAUUGUAUAAAAAAUUAUAAUACGAGUCUCUAAUCAAGAAAGCUAUAGCUCCCUAGCUCCCUUGUUAACAGACUCGGUACCAUGAGAUCUUAACGCGAUUUUUGAGCGUUAUAGAUUAUUUUCUAUUUCUCAUCAAGUGUCCUCUCGUGUUAAAUAUUACCUACUGCUGUCCGUCUUCUUCUCGGAUUAAAAGAGUUUGAUAAAGUCGCAGGUAUAAUUCUCCCUAUGUCCUACACUGUAACUGUUCAGAAGGUUCUUCAAAGGCUUGCUAUUAUUUUUUAACAAAGUAUUCCAAGUAUUCCAGUAUCGCCGUUCAACUGAUGUGGAUGUUGCAAUUCAUAUUGUAUAUUAUUUCACGGCUUGUAUAGUGUGAUAAGAGAUAUAAUUACUUUAUAGCAAUCGUUUAUAAAUAAUAAACACAUGUAUCUUAAU